AGACAAUGCACAUUCAUGUCGGAUCAGUUGGCUUGUGAGAAAUUUGGUAGGCAGGACUUGAGCUUCCGCAACUGGAGGUGGCAACCUCACCAUUGUGACAUUCCAAGGUUCAAUGCCACAGCGUUGCUAGAGGGAUUAAGAAACAAGAGGCUUAUGUUUGUUGGGGAUUCUCUGAAUAGAGGCAUGUGGGUUUCCAUGGUUUGCCUUGUUCACUCGGCUGUCCCUCCUGAGUUCAAAGCCAUGCAUUCCAAUGGUUCCUUGAACGUCUUCAAGGCCACUGAAUACAAUGCGUCAAUUGAGUUCUACUGGGCACCGCUGCUGGUCGAGUCAAACUCUGAUAAUCCUGUCAGCCACCGCUUGCCAGAAAGGAUUGUUAGAGUCCAAGCAAUUGAAAAGCAUGCUAGGCAUUGGACUGAUGCUGACAUUUUGGUUUUUAAUACCUACCUUUGGUGGAGAUCAAAAUCCCAAAUGAAAGUUCUGUGGGGAUCAUUUGAGAACUCAGAUGGGAUAUAUAAAUAUGUUAAGAGGUUACGCGUCUAUGAGAUGGCUUUGAAGACUUGGUCUGAUUGGUUGGAAGUCCAUGUUGACAGAAGCAAGACACAAUUGUUCUUCGUUAGCAUGUCGCCAAUUCAUGAAAGGGCUGAUGAAUGGGGUGGAAUUAAGGGUGAAAAUUGCUAUGGAGAAACAGAGCAGAUUUUCAAGGAGGGAUAUAGAGGAAAAGGGUCGGAUCCAAGAAUGAUGCGAGUGGUGGAGAAUGUGCUUGAUGAUCUGAAAACAAGAGGUGUAAAUGUUCAAAUGCUUAAUAUUACUCAGCUCUCAGAGUACAGAAAAGAAGCUCAUCCCUCUAUUUAUAGGAAGCAAUGGGAACCUCUAACUGAGGAGAAAAUAUCAAACCCUAAAAGCUAUGCAGAUUGUCAUCAUUGGUGCCUACCUGGAGUGCCUGAUGUGUGGAAUGAGCUUCUCUAUGCCUACAUUUUUCAUCAAUGA